UGGGCACAGGUGGGUGCACUGCUGGGCACAGGUGGGUGGAACUUGUGUGUGGCACUGCUGGGCACCGAUCAUCAGGGCACUGAUGAUCACGUGAGGAAAGUGCAGCCGAGAACCGGCAUUUGCAUUUCCCUGUGAUCAGCGUGUCAUUGGACACGGCUGAUCACGUGACGUUGUAAAAGGCCAAUCACAGCGGCCUUUUACCACGUGAUCAGCCGUGUCCAAUGACACGCUGAUCACAGGGAAAUGCAAAUGCCAGUUCUCGGCUGCACUUUCCUCACGCUGUCAGAUCGUGAGGAAAGUACUGCCAAAAACCGACAGUUG